AUGGGAGAUAAAAACCUUUAUGUUCGUAGAGAAAAAAGAAAACGCAAUCAGCUCCGAUAUGUCAAGAAAGCAUCUUUUGAAAGCUACAUAAGAAAACUUCUUCGCAAUUUAUCUGGCCAAGGUAGGGCUAGCAUUUCUGAACCAGCGUUGGCGAUCAUAAAUGACAUGAUAAAACACUUUUUCACGGAUCUAUCAUUAGAAGCCACGGAAUUGAUGACUGCAUCCAAGAAGCGGACAUUGACAGCUUGGGACAUCCAAGACGCUGUCCGAGCAACUUUAAAGGGUGAGGUGGCCAAUCAUGCAAUUAGUGAGGGACAAAAGGCGGUGACAAUGUAUAUUGACAUGACACGCCAAGGAUGA